CCUUCGGCAGCCGUGUCCCCCGUAAUCCCGGGAGGGCGCUUUAGUGAGAGGGGAGGGGCUCUGCCGCCGAAAGUUGCCGCGGCGCCCUGAGCUUCUCCUUCUCUUCUCCCGCUGUGGGUUUUUUUUCCCCGCUCCCUCCUCCCUCCCCCGAGUCGCCCGGCCCUUGAGACGGUGGCAGCGGAUGAAGGAGCCGGCGGGAGGCCGCCCGGAGCCCCUGCUUCGCCGCCGCUUUCUUCGCCUAGGCAAGAUGGGAGCGAAAUGAGCCCCGAGCCGAAGCCGCCGCCGCCGUCGUCUCCUCUUCCUCCAACCCCGGGCGGCCGGGAAGCGGAGGUGGUGGCCUUGACAGUGGCGGCGGUGGUGGAGAGCGAAGCAGCGACGUGCGGAGCGAGCGGCGGCGGUGGCAGAAAGCGCGGCAGCCGAAUCAUGCUGGUGAGGAGAAUCGGGUUCAAGCCGGGCGGAGGCGCCUCGCAAGGUAUUGGCCGACCAAGUGUGUACCAUGCUGUUAUUGUGAUCUUCCUUGAAUUUUUUGCUUGGGGGCUUCUCACAACACCCAUGCUCACAGUCUUACAUAAAACAUUUCCACAGCAUACAUUUCUAAUGAAUGGCCUCAUUCAAGGAGUUAAGGGUUUUUUAUCCUUCAUGAGUGCUCCACUGAUAGGUGCUUUGUCUGAUGUCUGGGGAAGAAAAUAUUUCCUCCUUAUUACAGUUUUCUUCACUUGUGUCCCUAUUCCAUUAAUGAAAAUAAGUCCAUGGUGGUAUUUUGCAAUGAUUUCUGUAUCUGGGAUUUUUGCUGUUACAUUCUCUGUCAUAUUUGCAUAUGUAGCUGAUAUAACUCAAGAACAUGAGAGAAGCACUGCUUACGGACUGGUAUCUGCUACAUUUGCAGCAAGUUUAGUCACUAGUCCUGCUAUUGGAGCACAUCUGUCUAAUUUGUACGGUGAUAACUUGGUGGUGUUAGUUGCUACAGUGGUGGCUGUUGUAGAUAUCUGUUUCAUACUACUAGCUGUACCAGAAUCUCUACCUGAAAAAAUGAGACCACCUUCAUGGGGAGCUCUUAUAUCAUGGGAACAAGCAGAUCCCUUUGCAUCUUUGAGAAAAGUUGGAAAAGAUUCUACAAUCUUGCUGACCUGCAUCACUGUUUUUCUUUCUUAUCUCCCUGAAGCUGGCCAAUAUUCUAGCUUUUUCCUUUAUUUGAGACAAGUGAUAAAAUUUGAGUAUGCAAGCAUUGCAACAUUCAUAGCUGUGAUUGGCAUUCUUUCUAUAGUUGCUCAGACUGUCUUUCUCAGCAUUCUAAUGAGGUCUAUAGGGAACAAAAACACAGUACUGCUUGGCCUUGGUUUUCAGAUGUUCCAGCUGGCCUGGUAUGGUUUUGGCUCUCAGCCUUGGAUGAUGUGGGCAGCUGGAGCUGUUGCAGCCAUGUCAAGUAUCACAUUCCCAGCAAUCAGUGCUCUUGUGUCACGAAAUGCAGAUUCAGAUCAACAAGGUGUGGUCCAAGGGAUAAUAACUGGAAUCAGAGGUCUGUGCAAUGGUCUUGGCCCUGCUCUCUAUGGCUUCAUAUUCUUUCUCUUCCAUGUGGAACUUAAUGAGUUGGCACCAGUUCAGGAUAAGGCUUCUAGGCAGGAUCCAAGUGAUGAGAAUGCAGUCAUACCUGGCCCUCCUUUCCUUUUUGGAGCAUGUGCAGUCCUCCUAGCCUUUCUGGUUGCCUUAUUUAUCCCCGAGCACAGUAAAGCCGCCAAUACCAGAAAGCACAGCAACAGCAUCAACAGUAUCCAGAGCAACAGUCCAGAUCGGGGUAGUGAUGAGGAUAUUGAGCCUCUGCUUCAAGACAGCAGCGUAUGAAAGGAAUUUUCUUCUAAGAUUAACAGAGACAGCUAUUGGGCAGGCAGAAUCCAUGCACUGAGUUCUGAAUCCAGAGCAGUUCUCUUCUGGAGUGAACUUUCGAUCUGUCAGAAGCUUUGCACAUUUCACUCACCUAAGAUAUCAUGUAUAAGUGGCCAUUGGUAUUCAAUUAAGGCUGAUUGCAACCACUUACUGUGGAUUUUCUGUAGAACAGUCCAAAGCAAGUUUUUCUUUUUGUAUCCAUGCAAUUAUUGUCGAACCCAACACUGAACUGAGAAUGUGGAAUUGCAGUAUCAGAGAAAGAGGAUCUUCUGAUGUAGUUAAAUACUUGAGUACCCAAAUUCACUGUGAGUAAACAGUAACCCUGCUAGGUCCUGUCCCUCAUCCUCCCCCCAUCCCCAAAUGUCUUCAUUGCUUCUCUACUCUUGUAGCUCGUGGGGAUUUGGGAAAAAAACACUCCAUUUCAAUAAAUAUUACUGACAAAAGUUUCUAUCACAAUCCCACUCCAUCAAUACACUCUUAUCUCUCUCUCUCUUAACAUGCUGCCUGGUGGAUUGAAUAUUGCUGAACUAUUUAAAAGUGUGCAGGGAAUGUCAAUUGAAAGAUAAAUUAUUGGUGCAUUUUCAACCCUUGUUUUUAAACUCUCUAACUGAGAUGUUAAUUAAAAGGGCUCCUAUUGAAAACCUGAGCAAGGCAAUGAUGAUAAUUCCUCUGAUAGCGUUAGUGAUGCUCACUUCUGGCACAACCAGCGUAGCCGGUUCUGACACAUGAACUAAUUAAAUGGGUGCUGAGGCAAUUUAUAUUGAUGUGUAUUUAUUGCAUCAUCUGUCAUCUUUUAACUGCCAUAUGAAACAUUUCUGGCCCACUUAAUUUCACUCCUGCCUUAACUGCUAUUUAGUGUACAUUAUUAUCAGCUAUAUUUAGCCUUCGUAUCAAUCUCUGAAGAAUCAUAGAAUUAUAAUUGUGAAAUGUCUAUCUAAAAAGACUUUAAAAGAUUAUUUAGUUUCUACAAAGUACCAUGUUACAAUUUUUAGAAGCAUUUUUGAAAUUGCACAGGUUUCUGUGUAUUUUGUGGCAGUAAAAAUGGAA